AUGUCAUACAAUAACGGAGGAUAUAACAACAGAAACGGAGGUAGUUACGGUGGUGGCUACGGUGGUGGUAGUAGUAGCAGAGGUGGAGGCUAUGGUGGUGGUGGAAGAGGUGGUAGAGAUCAAGGUGGAUACAGAGGUGGAAGAUUCAGUGGUGGUGGUGGUAGAUUUAAUGAUGCUCCAAGACAGGAAUUAACUGCCCCACAAUGGGAUUUAGAACAAUUGCCAAAAUUUGAAAAAAAUUUCUAUUCAGAACAUCCAGAUGUUGCUGCUAGAUCUGAUAGAGACAUUGAAGCAUUUAGAAAAGAAAACGAAAUGACAGUUAAAGGUCAUGAUAUUCCACAUCCAAUUACUACAUUUGAUGAAGCUGGUUUCCCAGAUUACGUUUUACAAGAAGUUAAAGAUCAAGGUUUCCCUAAACCAACUGCUAUUCAAUGUCAAGGUUGGCCUAUGGCUUUGAGUGGUAGAGAUAUGAUUGGUAUUGCUGCCACUGGUUCUGGUAAAACUUUAUCUUAUUGUUUGCCAUCUAUUGUUCAUAUCAAUGCCCAACCACAAUUACAAUAUGGUGAUGGUCCAAUUGUAUUAGUUUUGGCACCAACAAGAGAAUUGGCAGUUCAAAUUCAAACUGAAUGUGCUAAAUUUGGUAAAUCAUCUAGAAUUAGAAACACUUGUGUUUAUGGUGGUGCACCAAAAGGUCCUCAAAUUAGAGAUUUAGCUAGAGGUGUUGAAAUUUGUAUUGCCACUCCAGGUAGAUUAAUUGAUAUGUUAGAAGCUGGUAAAACUAAUUUGAAAAGAGUUACUUAUUUGGUUUUAGAUGAAGCUGAUAGAAUGUUGGAUAUGGGGUUUGAACCACAAAUUAGAAAAAUUGUUGAUCAAAUUAGACCUGAUCGUCAAACUUUGAUGUGGUCUGCUACUUGGCCAAAAGAAGUGCAACAAUUAGCUAGAGAUUAUUUGAAUGAUCCUAUUCAAGUCACCAUUGGAUCAUUGGAAUUGGCUGCUUCCCACACCAUUACUCAAUUGGUUGAAGUCAUUGAUGAAUUUUCCAAGAGAGAUAGAUUAGUUAAACAUUUGGAAUCUGCUUUGAAUGAAAGAGAAAACAAAAUAUUAGUUUUCGCUUCUACCAAAAGAACAUGUGAUGAAAUUACUACUUAUUUAAGAUCAGAUGGAUGGCCAGCAUUAGCUAUUCAUGGUGAUAAAGAUCAAAGUGAAAGAGAUUGGGUUUUGGAUGAAUUCAGAAAGGGUAAAACUUCUAUUAUGGUUGCAACAGAUGUUGCUGCAAGAGGUAUUGAUGUCAAAGGAAUUACUCACGUCAUUAACUAUGACAUGCCAGGAAAUAUUGAAGAUUAUGUUCAUAGAAUUGGUAGAACUGGUAGAGGAGGUGCUAGUGGUACAGCUAUUUCAUUCUUCACUGAUGGUAAUUCCAAAUUGGGAGGUGAUUUAUGUAAAAUCAUGAGAGAAGCUCAUCAAACUAUUCCACCAGAAUUACAAAGAUACGAUAGAAGAAGUUAUGGAAGUCAUAUGAGAUUUGGCUCAGGUAGAGGUGGUAGAGGUGGUAGAGGUGGAUACGGUGGAUACGGUGGUGGUAGAGGUGGUGGCAGAGGUGGAAGAGGCGGUUAUGGUGGUCAUAGAACUACUGGUAGUAACACCGCUCCAUUAGGAGGUAACCGCAGAUAUUAA